GACCAGACCAUGCAGCGGUCGAUUUGAUCCACUGGGUCGGUUGUUCCCUGGGCUCAUCUUCUCUGGAAGUCCCGAUCCCUAAUCGAAACGAUCGGUCAUCGGCUAGGGUAGGAAUCUCGACUUCUCGUCUCUCUACCUCCAUCGCCUAUCCGAUUCCUGAAGCUUGUCCCUCAUCGCCGGUCGCCGGUCGUCGGUCGUCGGUCGAAGCAAGGCGGCGGAGAGCCUCCUAUCGUCGGUCGACUGCAGUUCUAUUGAGAGGUGAAAGAUGGCUGGAGUGGCUGAGGUACAGAAUAGGCAAGCAAGACCCAUGCCACCUGCUCAGCCCAGGGGCCCUCCCCCACCUGCUCGCCCUCGCUUUGAGCCUGUUGAUCGUGAGAAGACUUGCCCACUUUUGCUUCGAGUUUUCACUAAGAUUGGUGGCCAUCAUCCCAAUGAAGACUUUGCUGUGAGAGGAAAGGAACCGAAAGAUGAGGUUCAGAUAUAUACAUGGAAGGAUGCUACACUACGCGAGCUCACUGACCUUGUCAAAGAGGUUGUUCCUGCAGCAAGGAAAAGAGAUUCAAAACUCUCUUUUGCAUUCGUAUAUCCUGACAAGAAUGGUCGUUUUGUUGUGAGGCCGGUGGGGAUGACCUAUUCAUAUGGAAAUGGAAGACGAAUGGAUGACGUGAAGACACUAGCAGAACUCAGCUUUCAGAUUGGAGAUUACUUGAGUGUUGCGAUCCUCUAGAGGUGAGCUUCAUCAGAGUGGAAAUAUCUGCUGUGGUAAAUCAUGGUUUGUUCAAGAUGACACCUGUUUUGUUUGAAUUGCUGGCAAGGACCAUGCAUGUUAUUAGUGAACAAGCACACCAGACGGAUUAAUCUAGCAUGUUAAAUUUCUUUUUGCACUUAGAAGUAUUUUACAAAUGUUUGGCUUUUAAGUCAUCUUGUGUUCUAUGUGCUUGGCUUUAACUUCUGUUGAAUGGG